AUGCCCCGAAGAGCACCGAGGCUCCUAGAACGCAUCCACAAUGAAAACUUUUCAGAUUGGCUUGGGAAGCAUGUGGACCAUGUUAGGAAUGAUCAAGUUCCGAAAGAAGUUAGAAGCCUGGCUCGGGGCCCUAACACUGUUGCAAGAAGAUUUAAAGGAUACAUCAUUAAUGGUUUCAGGUUUCGUACAAGAGACCGUGAGAGAGACUUGAAAACACAAAAUAGUGGAGUUGUAGUGACGGCAAAGACAUCAAGCUUCGCAAGUACAAGUGAUAGAAACCCUAUUAUAGGGGAUGUGGAUUACUAUGGUGUUUUAACAGACAUUAUCGAGUUGGAUUAUUGUGGGUCCAAGAAAGUUGUAUUAUUUAGGUGUGAUUGGGUGGAUGUAAGAACUCAGGGCAGGGGAAUCAAGAAGGAUGAAUUUGGGUUCAUGCUCGUGAAUUUCAAACAAUUAUGGCAUACUGGUCGGAACCUGUAUGAUGAACCAUAUGUCUUAGCAACCCAAGUACAACAGGAAAUGAAGAUGUCGACCUCCGACCAUCAUCAUUCGAGCUUUAUUGACCCGGUCCCGACCACCAACCAGGUUGGACAGAGUUCAAAUAGUUCAGCAUCGACUCUGGAGGGUGGUAUUCAUAAUAGACGAUUUCGAGGCCCUACAGUCAUCAGCGAGGUGGCGAACUUGCCACUCAAUAAGCAACUGAAUAUCAGUUGGAAUAAGUACGGGCAGCCCAUUGGACAUAAGUACAAUGAAUUUACAAGGUGGCUGGGCAUUUUAUCUAGGAAUGGGCGCUUAGCGCCUCUUGAUCACGAUAGUUGGCAUCAUGUGCCACUAUCUCACAAGAAUGAGAUUUGGAAUGAAGUGAAGAUCAAGUGGAAUAUCGACGAGGAGCGUCGAAAUUGGGUAAUGAAGUCCAUCGGAGCUUCAUGGAAGGAGUGGAAGAAGAGGUUAAAAAAAGAACACUACAAGCGAUAUUUGACUAAUGAGGAACGACUAGCUCACUGUCCUGAUCGAGUGGAGCCGACACAUUGGAAGUGGCUCGUCACCUAUUGGUCAAGUGAUGAAGGACAGGCCCGCACUCAAAGGAAUAAAAUCAACCGCAGCAAGCAUCGUAUGGCCCACACUGGCUCAAAGAGCUUUGCUCAAGUGCGUGAAGAAGAGCGGGCAAAGAAUCUUGGUGGAGAGUCUCCUGAUCGGGCAACGUUGUUCAUAACGACCCAUCGGAAGAAAGAUGGGAGUGUUGUGAACGAAGAGUCGGCUCAUGUUAUUGAAAUGAUUGAGGAGUUACGGGCAACUCAGACUGCUGAGUCCUCUCAGAGUAGCACUGCCCGAGACGAUCUCUUAUCCCAGAUAUUGGGACCAGAGCAUCCGGGUCAGGUCCGCAUGAUGGGGUUAGGUCCCACAGCUUCCACGUUAUGGUGCACAAGAAAUACCAUUGCAGAACUCAGGAGGGAGACUGAUGAGUUGCGACGACACAUAAAUGAGCGGGUAGAGCAACUAGUGGAGGAGCGGAUGAAAGAACAGAUGGCUAAGCAUCUAGAGCAAAUGGAGCAACGGAUGACAGAGCGAAUAACGGAGCAGAUGGAGCAACGGAUGACAGAGCGAAUAACAGAGCAGAUGAUGGCACGAAUGAGAGAUACUAUGAACUCAUUGGUUGCAACAGACCAAACUUCGGGCAAUGUACUAAAUGUAGAGGCUGACUCAGUAUCCACUCCUAGGGAUAGACCUGAGGCUGAGGGACCUCAGUCGAAGGUUCCGAAGAAUCAAUAGGUCAAGUCGUAUUUAUGUGUAUUUAUGUGUUUGACAUGCAAAAGAAUCCAAGGGCUGUCUUAAAAUGAGGGUUGCAGAUUGGAAAAAGGUGCUCCACUUCCAAGAGGUCAGGUGCUUGCUAAAAAGGUGGUUGAACCCAAUGGUGAUCACAUAGAGGAUAAACCAGUAAGUUCCUCAGACUUUUUAUUCUUGGAUGUCAUAAG